AUGGGUUUCUCGCAUUUCAGAUCAAAGCUCCCAAAUUUCCUCAGCACAACCCAGAAAAAGCUUCCAACUUUCAACCAAAAUGCAGCUUUCUUUACCGAGUUCAGGUUUCUGCGUCAUCAGCAACAGCAAAGACUUCAAAUAGAGAAGUCCAUCAUAAUGCCUGUAAGAAAAUAUUCAAGGUUUACAUCUUUAUCUGGGCUUGGCUUGAAAAAUGUUAAGAAAUCAUUUAGGACUGGCAAUAAUACAACUUUAGUACUACUUGGAAGUAAUGGAAGAAGAAGAAUGUGUUACUCUUCCCAAGCUAGUAAUGAUGAAGAACCCUCUUCUCCCUUUCGGGAAUGGCUUAGGAUUCGUAUGAGAUCUGUGGGUAAAUGUGUGGUCUUUGUUAUGAUCUUUGGUAGUUUGCAGGUGGUUCCUUGUUCUGAUAGAGUUCAUCUGGUGCUAAGUACUGACUUACUGUCAAAGUUCUUCGACAGGGUAAAAUGGGAGAACUAUCAAAGGGAAUACAGGGGAACAAUACUCUCCCCAACAAGCCCAGAAGGUGUUCGAGUGGGGAAGAUUUUAGGAAAGAUACUUGAAGGAAUGUAUGAUGGUUUGGGGCUCCAACAUGACUACCAUGCUUCUAUUUACUCUCCUGAGAAAAUUGAUUGUGAUCAUUUUAGCAUGGCUGUUCAAUCUGAUGAUGGUCAGAAGGAGAUCAGCCCACAAAGAAGGGAUGGAAGAUUUGGGAUAAGAUAUGGUACUAAGCAUGUGGAAGGAAUGAAUUGGGAAGUGAUGCUGGUUGAUUCUGAUUUUCAUAAUGCUGAGUAUCUUUCUGAUGGAAAGAUUGUAUUUUACACUGGGGUGCUAACAUUGGCAGGGAGCGAAGAAGGUAGAAGGAUGAUCAAAGAUGCAGACUCCUUUGAUGCGUUUAUUGACGCUGUUAUAGCAACUAGCCUGUCGCAUGAGGUAGGACACGGAUUGGCACACCAUAAAGCAGAACUUUUCAUGAGGGGCUUAUGGCUUUAUGUCCUUCUAGUUUCGCCUUUUCUCCGUCAUGUUGGUAUCCUACCAAUUGGAUUGUUGUGGGCUUUGAUUUACUCUUUCCUCUCAAGGAGGGAUGAGCUCGAAGCAGAUCAUAUUGGAAUGAUGCUAAUGGCUGCAGCUGGCUACGACCCUCGAUAUGCUCCAAUGGUAAGAUGGUGGCAUAGCCUGUAUGGUUCAGAUGAAGAUGCAUUCUCAACUCAUCCAUCUUGUGAAAGAAGAGCUAAAAUUCUUGCCCAAGAUGAAAUGGUGAAGCAAGCAAUGGAUGUAUAUAAGAAAGUUAAAGCGGUGACAUCUGCAGACUCAUCUGGAUCAUCCCUUGCUGGAUCCCUUGUAUUCCAAUUGAAUGACACCAACUUUAAAGUCUUCCUAAAUGGAUAG